CUAUUUUAGUUACCUGCUUCCACAAAGUUUCCUUAAUACCAAUUUGUACAGUUAUAUACCACACUUUACUACAAACCUCAUGUGAGAUUGCUUUCCUGUGUUAUGAUUGUCUUUCUGUGUCAGUUCAAGUACAAGUGUACCAUGUGGUAUAACCACAACCUUUUCAGUGUAAUUUGACCCUCCUACGUGUGUGAGAGAAAGUUGCUUUUGAAUUUUCAGACUUCGGGGGGAAAAUCCCUAGUUGUCUGUGUUUUUUGUCAUCUUCUUAUGAAAAGUCCCACAGAUUUUGUUGUCGAUGAGUUGGUUUCCGGUGGGAGUGAUUUUUGCAUAUUCAUAGGCAGUAGGAAGUUUACAGGAUACCGGUGCAUGUAACACCCGGAAGGCUCUCACAGUAAUCGGUGGGGAAGGUUGUUUAAUAGUCUGACGUCAGGUUCAUAUCAGUUACGACAUGUUUCAGAAAUAAAGCUUGACACAAUCACAAACAAGCCAGAGAGUGUGUUUGUCCGUUGAGGGGUACACUACAUUUUAAUCGCCUCAGUGAGUCUUGAGUCGUGUGUCGAUAUAAUAGCCAGGGUCAAGAUGUCUUUGGAAUGUCUGCGUAUAUGGGUCGCCGGGGAGCACAAAUACCAUCCGGACUGCUUUGUUUGCAUCAAAUGCGGAGUGUUCAUCGGUGAUGGUGACAGUUACGCAUUGGUGGAGAGAUCAAAACUGUACUGUGGCCAGUGCUACCACAGCGUCCUGGUGCCCAUCAUCUCCACCACCCCGGACUCCAGGGUACCCCACACCGUCCAGCUGGUCACCAUCCCGCCCACCCCCGAGGGGCAGAAGAGGUUCUCGGUCUCAGUGGAGGAAACUCUGCAGUACCCGACGUCGCCCACGCCAGAGUCUACCAGGGUUUCUAUGCAGAGCCUCUGUGUCAAAGAUGUUGAAAGCAUCCCUGGUGAACCUACCCUCAGAGUUGGCGACAGAAUUCUUGAGGUCAACGGAACCCCGGUCCAGAGACAAAACUUAUUUGAGCUGGAUAGGCUGAUCAGCCGUAGCACCACAGAGCUUCAUCUGACCGUGGAACGUGACCCCCAGUUUCCCUCCACGCCGACAAAGAUAACGAAAACAACCAGAACCACAACUACAACGACAACAAAAACAGAUUCCCCCUCGUCAACUCAGGAGCACCGUUCCACAGUCCCGUCGGUGCCCAGCAGACCAAAGACAUUAAACCUGGCUGCCAGGCAGCAGAUCAACCAGAGCCAGGAAGACAAGGAGAGAAAGAUGAAGUUGGAGGUGGAGCACCCUAUCACGAGACCGGAGAGGGGCUCCUCCCUGUCCAAAAUAAAGAAAGCUGAUAAUGGUACUAUGUCUCAGACCCUGUCUUCUCCCAUCAACCGAGCCUCCUCCUUGAAGCAGACGGUCAAGAACCAUCGCAUCUUCCGCCCCUCGGACCUCAUCAAAGGAGAGGUGUUAGGCUCUGGUUUCUUUGGACAGGCUAUCAAGGUAACCCACAGACAAACAGGUGAAGUGAUGGUGGUCAAGGAGCUGAUCAGAUUUGAAGAUGAAGCACAGAGGAAUUUCCUGAAAGAGGUGAAAGUUCUUCGUAGCCUGGACCACGUCCAUGUGCUGAAAUUCAUAGGUGUGCUGUACAAGGACAAGAAGUUGAGUCUUGUUACAGAAUUCAUAGAUGGAGGGACGUUAAGGGAAGUUAUCCAGAAUAUGGGUCCAGACUACUCUUGGCUACACAGAGUCAACAUCCUACGCGACAUCUCUUUUGGAAUGACAUAUCUGCACUCUAUGGGCAUCAUUCACAGAGAUUUGAAUUCACAAAACUGUCUCGUCAGAAAGAACGGAUCAGUAGUUGUGGCUGAUUUUGGGCUGGCACGGGUGAUGGUUCAAGACAAGAGUGACCCCAGAUUGCCAGUGAUUGACCGAAACUCUGCCACUCGGCGCUCGGGCCGCAAAAAGCGCUACACCGUUGUGGGGAACCCCUACUGGAUGGCGCCCGAAAUGUUGAAAGGCAAGGCCUAUGAUGAGCGGGUUGAUGUCUUCUCCUUUGGUAUCAUCAUGUGCGAACUGAUUGGUCGAGUGAGCGCCAACCCUGACCAUCUGCCUCGGACGAUGACCUUUGGCCUUAAUGUACCCCUCUUCAAGGAGCAGUUUUGCAAUGGUUGCCCGGCACGACUGUUCGACGUGGCUGUCAAAUGCUGUGAAGUUGAACCAGAAAGAAGACCAGAUUUCACAGAUGUACAGUCCUGGCUGAAAUCCCUGUCUCUGAAGAUCGAAUCCAAUGGUUUGACAAACGGCAGUGUAGAAGUCAUGAAAAUUACACCGGCCACAUUAUCAGACAACUCUGGUGGGUCAUCGUCAGCAGGGCAGGAGGACUCUGCACUGUAGAGCAGACUGAAGAUGCAGUCGCCUCAGCAAUGGUGUUUGGCUGACAGGACCUGUUGAGUAUCAUCUCCCUGAGGUGGAGGUUAAUGGGCAGUAGAGCUCAGCAUCCUUAUGAUGCAAGUACAGGUGAAUCAAGGUGGAAGGACUCCUCAUUAAAUACAGCGAAAGGUUCUGCGCUUUAUCUCAUUAUCGGUGAGAGCCACCCAAAAUUUGUCAAACAGCUGUGGAGCUUUGCUAGCAGUAGGGCUUGGCAUCGUACACUCUUUCCGCAAUUCAGUCAUCGGCAGAUCUCGGCGCACUACUGAAGGGUGGUUGGACAUUCGCAGCUCUGCCAAGCAUCUUCCAGUUUGCAAGGGUCUGGGUAGUGGUCAGCCCGACCUCACACAUCAGACUCCCGUAUCAACUGGGAGAUAAUGUUCAUAUAUCCCAUGCAUGCUAUUCAGAUAUCAGCCUCUUACGUACAUAUGUGCAGUGACACGAUCCUGUAUCUACCGGCAGGUUUUCUCUUGACAUGGGGAUGUUCAGUGUGUAGAUUUUAUCACUUGGAAUUACUCUUAUUACUCGAUGAAAGGCCCUUGAAUACCUCUAGCCAAUCCUACUUAGCUCAAUCUUAUCGAAUAUAUCUUCACCACUUCUUGCUCUCCGUGAUGUAAACGCUCAAACCCUGGAUUCUUGUUCACAGCACGAUACAUUGAUGCUUAUACAAGUCAAGCUCAUCAUUAAAUAGUGGGCAUUGCGCUCAGAGAGCACAGGUAGUGCGUCACUUCAGCCUCUCUAGACUCCUUUGACGUGCACCUGAGCCUUAUCUCCAUUCAAUCAUCUUGCUGAUCAUCUUGUGAGUGAACAGCUCAGAAGUAGACUUCUCUGUGUAUAAUUUACAGCCCAGCUUCAUUUUAUCAAUGGGCGCCAUCGGCAAGGCAGUAGAAAUCAGUUUAUCAAUUUAUACCCGUAGUUCGUCGACCGGACUGUAGCGUCUUGCUUGUUGAUCUAAACCGCAAGGCUGUAGAGAGACAGGCUCGGCUUCAUGAUCUACCCGUAGAUGUCGACGCAAUAGCAGUUGAACCUAUCUUGACGUUUUGCCCCUGGGUGUUAGAGAUAGGGGACCCUGGCAUGGCGUUGAGCUGGUUGAUGUCAUUACAAAGGCAGUGAAACUGGGCUUUAUGGUGGACCUGUAGAGGUCAACAGUGUUUUGGUAAUACUCUCCCACAUCUUGCAAAGGUUGGCAGAAUUACAGACGUUGUGAAUUUGGAAAUUGCAAUCAAGGUGAUUUUUUCCACUCGAUCAGUGCAGCUGCAUUUUGUGAGUUUCAUCCACAGAGCGAAACCAUUCCCUGUUUGUUCCCUCUCAGCAUGCAUGUAGACCCUGUGCAUGCAUUCAGCCGCAUUGGAUGUAUUUCCAUUGAAUAACAAAUUGAAAAAACUGUUAAUUCACAUCCCUUUGGAAUAGAAACAAACAGAUCAAAGAUGGCUACCUUGCAAAAGAUCUGUAAUUUUUUUCAACUGAGAAUUGCAUAGCAUGAUUUUUCAUAUGUGAUAUUCUCAGCAUACUUGUGAACACUUACAAAGCACACAAAUGAAUAUUUAUAAUCGAAGUUUAUGAAUAUUUAUCUACUUUUAAUUCAUUAUGCCAAAGGUUGACCACUCUUGAUCAUCCCCGUAACCUUGUAUAUACUGGAGGCACAGAAUGAACUAACUGUGGUCACACUGUACAGUUUUUAUUGUAUAUGCUAAACAAAAAAAGUUAACACUCGCCAGUCAGUCAAAAUGGCUUACUCUCGGUUCUUCAUGGAAGUGCCAUUGUCAAGUUUCCGGCUCUUUUUGACCUAACAUUUUUGACGAGAAGGGUAGGCAAUGUUAGAAUCAGAUCCCUCAUGUUUUUUCAGAAUUUAUUGGAAGUUUUUUACCGUAUUUUUCUACAGGAAAGAGAGCGGAAAGUUGAUAUAUUCCAUGAUUAUUUUUGUCAUAUUCAAAGAGGUUUUUGUUUCUGAUUCUUGUCCAUGUUAAAAGGCUUGUGUACGGGGUACUUGAGUGGACACAUCAAAACAGACAACAUCCUCCCAAAUUAAGUGAUACAAUGUUGAAAUUGUGUACGCUACACACUUAAUCAAGGAUAAGUUUGUUUUCAUAAUUUUAAGCAAUAAUGAAUGCAUACUGGUUGCCUUAAUGGGAAAAAAAAUGUUCAAAAAUGGAAGCUUUUCCUCUGAGCAAGAUGAAGCUAAUUGGAUUAUUUUUUUACUAGUGUGAAUACGCUUGGCUGAAAAUAUGAACAUAAAAAAGUACUUUCUGUAUUACUACAUGUGUUUUUGAAAUUGUACUUUUCCAUGAUGUAAACAUGUGUACAGUGAAUUACAAGGGUAUUUUUCCAAUGUUGAAUUUCUUGGCCAAGAGUUUUUGAAUAGUUUAGUAUCAUCGUUGUCAGGAACUUAGAAAAUGUGUACUAUGCUCUACAUCAAAGGGAACCAGCCUAUUUCUUCCAUUGAUGUUAGGCAUAGUUAGGCUGCAUCCAAAUCUGUUGUCCAGAGCUAGAUCUAGGUCUUCGCUCCAUUGGAAAUGUGUGGAGACGCGCAGACAAUAGACCUAGCUGUAGCUCUGGAAGCCCGUUUCGGACACGGCCUUAGUUUCAUAUCUGAUGUAAGCACAGUCUUGUGAAUCUGCUCGAGUCAUUUGUGAAGUAUUCAAAAGACUUGUCGGCAAAGACCUGGAAGCGACGCCGUGAGGCUAUUACCCAUCUCCCCUCCCUGAGCGGCAGACUGGUUUCCACACAAAUCAGCUGUUAUCUCCAAUGAGUUCAUUUGGUCUUUCAACUGUGCAUGCUCCAAAUCACAGGUCAUUCAAGAAUAUCAAUGCCCUUGCACAAGGUUAUCCUAUCAGCAAGGAAUGGUGCCAACACACGCCAGGCAUGCAACUUGGACUUUGACCUCCAAAACGAGGAAAUUCUGGUCUUUACAAGACUUUGCACCACAUUUU